UCAUCCAGUUUUUCUGUUAGUUGUGUUAGCGUUUAGUAUACCCUUAUUUUUUAAUAUUUAGUUAAUCCCUUUUAUCUUGAACCAAAUAAUUCGUUUAAUUUCAACCAAACGUUAUAAACUACAUAAUACUAACAGGGAUUUUAGUCCCCAACUUUAGUUAGUCUUAUAAUUUUACGUUUGCAAUAUUGGUUUUUAAAAAAUCGUGUUUUUGUAACCGUUUUCGUGGAACACAAGAAACACGUCGAUCUUAAUAAAAACUUGUUUAUUGAGUUUGAUCGGAUAUAAUAAACAAAAUGUAUAUCGCUUCAAUUGCUGCUGAAGUAAAACUUCACAUGUGGCCUUCUGGUCAAUUGGUGAACACAUACAAAACAAAUGGAAAUGGUGUAUUAAGAACGAUAUCUUGGGGAAAAGAUGGAAAAUGGCUUGUUGUUGUUCCAAGUCAAGGUCAUGCAGAAAUAAUUGGUGUCCGAGACAAGGUUUUAAAACAUUUAUCUUCACUUGAUUCCAUUGCUCAACCUACUUGUGCAGUAUUUCAAAAUCUCACUAAAAGGAAUAUUGCAUUGGGGACAACCACAGGAAAUGUUUUGAUAUAUGACAUUAAACACAAAUCUGUUAAAUAUCUUAGUCCUAGAGCGAAAUCCACAGUGUUUCAACUUGAAUAUUCAGUAAAUGAUAAUUAUUUAUUUGCUGGUUGUGAAGAUGGCGAAAUUAUGGCUUAUAAUAGUUCCACAGCAAAUUGUUCAUCAUCAUACAGAAUCCCAAAUUCAAAAACUUUAAGUACUUUAAGAACACAUCCUUCGAAAAGGAAUUUAUUAAUGGCUGGUUGUGAAGAAGGUUUAGUUGCUGUAUGGGAUUGUUACAGAACUAAUCGAAUUCACAAACAUCAAACCCAUCAAGCUAUUGUAACCGAUGUAGCGUUUUCACCACGUAGAAAUGAUUUAAUUGUUAGUUGUGGGCUUGAUCGCAAAUUUGUGUUUUGGGAUAUAGCGUCAAACGGGAUGGUUCUUCAACAAUUCUUAGAUAGAUCACCAACUGCAAUAGAUUUUUGUCCAGAUGGUGUUGGUUUAGCUGUUGGUACUCAAUCUGGAACAAUUUACACUUAUGAUACUCGCCAAAUGAACACUCCAACAUACAUUUUCAAAGCACAUAAUUCAUUUAUAAAACAAAUUAUGUUCCAAAAGAUUCUCGAUGCAGAUGAAACCUGUGAUUAUACUAUAAAUCAGAAUAUUACCGAAGAAAGUGGGGAAGUUUUUAAAAUUAAACCAGAAAUAGGUUCAGUACAAGAAUUUCCUGAUGAUAAAGUAUGUGAUUCUUUUGGACAUAUGUUACACGAUGCCGAAGAGAAUGUGUCAAAUUUUGAUCAAAAAUUUGAAAAUGAUGCUCCUCAAGACUCUUUCUUAGCAGCUAUGGGUAUUAAUCAAGACUCUGUUUCGUCGUAUAGUAGUCCAGGACCUGAUAGAGCAGGGCCAAUUUCAAAAGGAGUUAGAAAACUCUUAGAUUCAAACCCAAAUUUGUUAGAUUUAGUUGACGGGCAACAAACUCAAGCAAGCCCAGUUUUUUUGAAAGAUAAUUCGCCAAAACUUAAUCAACAAUCUUAUCAUAAUAUACCUGAGAGGAGGUUUUCAGAAACGCAUCAAGAGCAGCAUCAGCAUGAAACGCCUUCAGCAUCCACUUUGAAGCAUCGUCAGAUAUCAAGAUUGAGUAAUCCCGGUGAAAGAAGAAAACUUUCAACCGGCGGCCUCGAAGUGCCGCAAAAAAAUUCAACACCAAAAAUUCCUUCUGAAUCAUUAGGAGAUGGUCCAUGUAUAACCCACAUGUCUCCCAUUAUUAGUCAAAGUUCUAGAGUAUUAUCCGAUUCAGAAAAAUCUGAGAUUCAAAAUAUUGUGAAAAAUAUUGUCAAGCAGGAAGUCAAAGAGCAAUUGGACGUGAUAAGGCAAGAAGUAAAAGAGCAAUUUGAAAUAUUUUACCAAAAGUUAAAGUUUGAUAAUAUGGAUGGAUUAAUGUUGAUCCGAAAUAAUUUCCUGGAUUUGAAAAUGUGUGUAGUUAAGGAAUCUAUUCAAUUAGAAAAAAAUAUUAAUAAAUUUCAUGAGGAUUUGCGAAGGGACGAUUGAUAAAUUCAAUUAAUUGUAAUAUAUAAAACAUAUAAAAAUAAAACGUAUUGUUAUUUAUACCACUAAUUUAUAUGAUUAGUGAUUUACAGUGAUUUCUUUUUAUAUUGAAAUUAAAGUAUCAGAAAAGGUAAAACUUUGUAAAAAAUAGUUUAAUACAUUGUGAUUUAAUUCUUUAUAAAAGUAUUGUUAAAAACUAAAUUAUUUUUUGUAUCUUUGUAAAUACAUAUUUUUUGUAUACUUGUGAUUUUUAAUUUGUUAGUGUAAAAAAUAAUGUGGAGUUUCAAACGCAUUUAUCAACUUACCAAAAAGUAACAUUUCCUAAAUAUGGGAAUUUGGUAGGAUCAUGUGAAGAGGAUGAAUGAAAGCAGAUUACCAACAUCAGAAAAACAGCAGGUACUUGAACACCAGAACAACCAAAAGAUGGAAGACUACAUCAUAAGACGGCUACAAAUUUUGAACUCCACUGGUCUAAAACAAGCAGAAGAAGAAUAAAGAUGUUUGAUAAGAUGAUUUUCGUCAACACAUAGCUAAUUGCUUCAGUGAGGUCAAUUGAUUUUUUUCAUCCACGUCUGCAAGAGACAAAUACCUAAGAUACCUUUCUGAACCCAGAUGUUUGUUUCUCAAAACUAAUAUCUUUUUUAUCUCUAUAUUUGUGAAGCCUACAAAAACUUUGUUUAUUUCUGGCAAUAAAGUAACAUGAAAAUGCCCAAAUGA